ACUUUCACUCUACUUCACUGCCGGCGAUUUUGUGUUGGUACCGCUAAAAUCCCCAAAUCAAGUGUCACUUUUUGACGUUUCAUAACAAAUAUUGUUGUGUUUAAUAUUAGUGAAAAAAAUUGUUUUUUUAAACUAAAUGUGAUAGUUGCGUAAGGUGUUAGGGCCCCAAUGAUGCGAUUAAAAAGGGCUGUGGCCCUAAUUGGCGCAGCCCUUGUCGUCCUUAUAAUAGUCGAGAUUUACUCAACACGGGAUUUUUCGGAAUUUGUUGGUAAAAAACUCCCAGUUGUGAGUGACGAUAAUGAGAAAUGGUCACAUUUGGAAGAUCGAAUAAGACAACUGGAACAUGACUUAAACCGGCAUGGAAACGAAGUCCAAGACAUAAAAAACGUGAUCAAAAACAUAAUUCCAUUAAAUACGAGCACAAACAGUGCUAGAAAAAUGUCUCAAAAGGGGGCUACUAUCAAAUCGGUUAUAACCGAAUUUCUGUACGAAACAAACUGUCCAUUCCAGUUGAAUUUUAUUCCAAAAACCGACAUUCAAAUGCUGGAUGUUUACCAACGAUUAAAGUUUGAUAAUCCAGAUGGGGGCGCCUGGAAACAAGGCUGGAAAAUCGAAGUUGAUGAAAAAGACUGGAAUAGACAAAACAAACUGAAAGUUUUCGUUGUUCCACAUUCUCAUAAUGAUCCAGGCUGGAUUAAAACAAUCGAAGACUAUUAUCUCACUCAAACCAAACAUAUUUUAAAUAAUAUGUUGGUAAAACUGCCAGAAGAUCCACGUCGAAAAUUCAUCUGGGCGGAAAUAUCCUAUUUUUCGAUGUGGUGGGAGGAUUUAAGAGAGGACGAACGCGAAGUUGCAAAAAAAUUAAUCAAAAAUAAUCAAUUAGAAAUUGUAACUGGAGGUUGGGUGAUGAACGACGAAGCGAAUUCACAUUGGAUUUCCGUAAUACAACAAUUAACAGAAGGUCAUCAAUGGUUACAACAAAAUUUAAAUUACACACCCAUUAGUAGUUGGUCAAUUGACCCUUUUGGUAUGUCUCUAACACAGCCCCUUUUAUUGAAAGAAAUGGGGUUUAGGAAUAUGUUAAUGCAAAGGGUACAUUACUCGGUCAAAAAAGAGUUGGCGAGUAAACAACAAUUGGAGUUCAGGUGGAGACAACCGUGGGAUGGUUCCGGAAAAACGGACAUUUUCACUCACAUGAUGCCUUUCUAUGGCUACGAUGUACCCCACACUUGUGGUCCCGACCCUAAAAUUUGCUGUCAAUUUGACUUUAAAAGACUCCCAGGACACGGUCUUCACUGUCCUUGGAAAGUGCCCCCGCAGGAAAUCAACGAAAAGAACGUUGCCUACAGAGCUGAACUUUUGCUCGACCAAUACCGGAAAAAGUCCAAACUUUACAAAACCAACGUGGUUCUUGCACCCCUUGGAGACGAUUUCCGCUACGACCACUCAACUGAAUGGGAUGUCCAGUAUCGAAACUAUCAAAAACUCUUCGAUUAUAUGAAUUCAAAUCUAAAUCUAAACGUUCAAGCACAAUUUGGCACACUUAGUGAUUAUUUCGAUGCUGUGCAUAAAGAACGAAAAGAUAACGAUUUUCCUUCAUUAUCGGGCGAUUUUUUCACUUAUGCAGACAGAGAUGAUCACUAUUGGAGCGGUUAUUACACCUCAAGACCGUUCUAUAAACGCCUGGAUCGGAUUUUACUCGCAAAUCUUAGAGCCGCUGAAAUAAUCCUAACUUUGGCAUAUUUGAGUGGUAAACCGGGUUCGGCAUGGAUUGGUGAUCGUGAAGUAGGCUUGGAAAAACAAUUGUCAGAUGCGAGAAAAUCCCUAGCAUUGUUUCAACACCAUGACGGUAUUACAGGAACCGCUAAAGAUCACGUGGUUAUUGAUUAUGGAAAAAAAAUGUUGGCAGCUUUGAAUAAUUGUCACCAUGUGAUUCAACACUCGGCUCAUAUUUUAUUUUCGGGUAAAGAUGCUGAAACACCCGAUCAUAGCGCCCUCUUUUAUAACAUUGAUGACGUCAGACAUUCACAUGAUACGAUUGGUGAAAAAUAUCAAAUUACUAUUGGACCAGAAUUGAGAACGAAACGAAUCGCCAUUUUUAAUUCAUUGACAUUUAAUCGAAUCGAAGUUGUGACAUUUCAUGUGUCAACACCUUAUGUUGAAGUUUUAGAUUUGAAAAAACGUCGUAUCAAAUGUCAAAUUUCUCCAAUAUUUGAAUAUGGCGCUUCAAUGUCACAAACUAAAUACCAACUGUCAUUCGUUGUCAAUAUUCCAGCAUUUGGAUUGGUCAGUUACACGAUUGGUGCAUUAUGGGAGUAUGAAUCACCAACCGAAACCGUCCGAAGUUCAAUAAGGAUUUAUAAUCAAUACGGGGAAGUACAGGCACCGAUUGGUUUCACUGAUAUUGAGGUAUCGCCGAGUACGCGAGAAUUCACCUUACAAAACAAUCGACUAACGGCGAGUUUUAACGCCUUGGGAUUACUCAAAGCGUUAAGCGUUGGGGGAAAUACAGUUCCCGUUCAUUUGGAUUUUGCCAAAUAUGGAGUUAGACAAGCCGUGGAACGAAGCGGUGCGUAUUUGUUUUUACCCGAUGGUGAUGCGAUUCCGAUACAGAUCGAAAAUACGAUCGUUAAUGUCAUUCAAGGGCCAAUUAUGUCAUCAGUUACGGUGCAAUUGCCCUAUGUGCGACAUACAGUCACCCUGUAUAGUUCCACAGGUGCUGAUAGUCUCGGAAUCGAGAUCGAAAACAUCGUCGACAUUUCAAAAACGUCAAAUUUCGAGCUUGUGAUGCGUUUAUCGACAAAUAUCCAAAGUUCUGACCAUUUUUAUACCGAUUUGAACGGUUUUGAAAUAAUUCGAAGGAAACGUUUCCACAAACUCCCCCUUCAAGCCAAUUACUAUCCAAUGCCGACGACGGCCUACAUCGAAGACUCCACCACAAGACUGACAAUCUUGACCGGGAGCCCCCUCGGGGCGAGUUCUCUGCGCCAAGGCCAGGUUGAAAUAAUGCUCGAUCGGAGACUGAAUCAAGACGAUAAUUUGGGCUUGGGGCAACCGGUUUUGGAUAAUCACCCCACGAGACAUGUCUUUAGAGUGGUGUUGGAACGGAAGGGGGCCUCGUGUCGCGCCACCGUGGAGGGGCACCCGUCAGGAUUGCCAACUUUAUCAUCGUUUGUGGCUUCGCAGAGUUUAUUGAACCCCCUAGUGGGGUUAUUGCGUACCGAUGACGAGGAUUUGGUGUCCCAAGCGAGUUAUCUAAGUGUGGAGUCGGAGUUUGGGGUUGAUUUUAUGGUACCAACAUUGCGAACUGGAGUGACCCUAAAAGGGCAAGAUCAUGUCGGUUUUGUGAUUCACCGACAAUUUCUCGAUGUCUGUUUCGCCGAUUCCACACUGUUGAAACAAUUCCCCUUGAGUCAAGGAUCGGUCAACAUUAGUGCACUUUUGCCCACCGAAACUGCGAGUAAAUUACACAAAACGUCUUUGUCGUUUUUAUUAAUGAAAAACGAAGUUAAUAUCAGAGGUGACUUAAUUAUGUGUCCUAUGGAAAUUCAAGCAUUUGUUUUACAAAGGUGAAACAAGAGGCCUUUAAUUUAAUUCGAUCUGUGUUAUUUCGGAGCCAUUUAUUGAGAUUCCAGUGCAAUUGAAUGUUGGUUUCAUAGUACAAAAAUUUAGUUCCUGUUUUGAAACCAACGAUUCCAGCUUUCUUUUAUCACUGUACGAACACCUGAUUUUAAUUUUAGCAAUAAAAACACUCGGUUUUCA